AUGACCGAGUGCUUUUCCGUCGAGACAGGCGGUGGGGCCGCUCCUGCCUUUUCCUUGACUAGCGGACCCCACAGAAGCUUUCCCGUUUCAGUGCACCUUGCCAAAGGACUUCCAGCCGAUGCCUGGGAGCAGCUGCAAAAGAGUCCUCUUUUUGGGGAAUGGGCCGCCUCUUUUUGCCACGAAGGCAGAUUGAAGGUUGAACGCAUUACAAUUCAACAGCUCAAACCCGAAAUUUCUUUCAACGUGGAAGCAACGACUAGCAAUGGCGCCUUGAUUGCUCGUCCAGUAAUUCUCCGUCCUCACGAGGCUGCGGUGCUGAUCGUGCUGCGCAACUCUGUGACUAACCUGGAGCUCUGUGUCUUCUCUAAACGGCCUGACCUGUCUGCAGGCUUAGCAGAAAGUCUGGGCCUCAUAGAAGGUCACUUCGACGCCGAAGGCAAAUUGACGGGCCCCUGUGCUGAGUUACUGGAAAGAUACGUUGGUCUCUGCCUACGUAGAGACGACUGCGUGGAUCUUCUCUCUGCGGCGCAUGGCAGAAUUGUGGGCGAGGCAGGCGUCACCUGUUGCCCGUCUGCAGUUACGUCAGCUGCACCAGCUGAUGGAUCCACAACAGUGAGGUCACGGCUGCUGCUGUACAGGAAUGUGGCCACCCCAGACGUACUGCAGAAAUUGGAACAGGAAAUAGGACGAACUAAGAGAUAUGGAUUUCCUCCAGCAACGAUCGGCUCUGCUCAGCAGCCGGCAGACCUAGGACUCAGCGUGGUAUACAUGGGUGACACCUGGCGCGCCACUCUGGACCCGCGUGCUAUUUUUUCUCUAUUUCUCCUAGUCGAAUUUCGUUAUCACCAAAUCAAAAUCCCCAAACCUCCUGGAGAAUUGGCACAUGACGGCAAAGCAGGAGCCCUUGGGGGCUUCUGCAGAGGUGAAAUCGGAAGUGGAGCUCUGGGGACACCUCUCAAGAAGGCAGCAGCUCAAUUCAGGAAAAUCUCAUCUCUUACGCCACUUUGCACCGGCGUCAAUCUACGGGUUAAGGUCGUUGAGCCAAUGAAAUUACUAGCUGACUUAGUGCUGCCUCGCAGUCAGAUCAUCAAGAGAGCUUCAAUGGUAGUAGGCGACGACGAAGCCAUGAUAACUCUCAACUUGGAAGGUCAGCAACUGCAGUUGCCUGACGUGGUGAAUACGCCUCUGUUGAUUCGAAACGCACGAGUCAAAAUGGAAGAAGGUCACAUGAAACUUAUCGUCGAUAGAUGGGGAAAGAUCUCAGAUGCUCGAAACGAGGACUUUAAGGAUUUCAAUUUUUCAGUUUGCACGGCCAAGGAUAUGAGCGAGCAAGAAUACGAGUUGGUGGAACUUCCGGAGAGUGAGCAUGACGCAGUUGAAGGCGGGAGGCUUCGGGGCCCAGAUGGGCCAGCCUUUGGUGGCAGGGGUAAAGCACCCAUGAGAGGCCGAGCCAGAGGAGGGCACAGAGGCAGCAGGGUAAGAAGAGGUCUUUAA